ACGGCCCCAGCCGUCCCUCAAUUCCCUUCUCCUCCUUGCCCUUGUUUUCUCCUCCUUGGCUAGGGUUAUCGCCGCCGCCGCCUUCGGCACGAUCCCAGCUCGCAGCCUCGGUCGAUUUGUUCUGCGUCUCCAACCGUCCAAAGAUCCCAACCCUAUCAUCAUCUCCUACCACGAGCUAGGCGACGAGAUCGGACACGGCAAGUUCGGCUCCGUUCGGAUCUAUGAGGUUCGUGCUGAUCGGGCGGGUGGCCCUGGUGAACUACAGCAAGGACUACGGCCGCCUCAUCGUCAUCGUCGAUGUUGUUGACCAGAACAGGCUGCAUUGCUCUGUUUACACUUAUACCACUGCUACUUGGUAUAUCCCCAAGAAUGUCGAGGACACGGUCCACCGCGAGGUCGAGAUCGUGCAACACCUUUCGGGCCACCCCGCCGUCGUCACGCUGAAGGCCGUCUGUGGCGGCUGCAAAUCGAAGCAGCUGAAAGGGACAAGGCGAUUGGGAGUCAGGGACUACAUAUCCCUCCUCUCCUUUAUUUUCUGUCCAAAAUAUAAGGAAGACGUAUGGGUUCUCGUCAAAUGCAAGCUGUACUACUGUGAAAAAAUGCACUAAUUUUUACAGUACAUUAACUUGAUCAUGGGAUUCUCCAUGAUGGCAGCAAAGAGACAACAUGGGGUGGAGAUGCAGGUCAUCAGUACACUGAAGGCGCUGCGUUCUGUCGGGGUGUUGGGUUCGAUGCAGAGCAUCGGAGACGUUGCCAUUGUCCUUGCACGACUCAUCAGAUCCAACCUCGGGCCCGCGCCAGCUGUGUACGGAGCCCUCGCUACGGUGCUCAGUCUCUGCAACUGCAACUCAAUGUUGGGGUCGUCUAUAAAUUUGCUUGUGAUGUGCUUGCAAACCAAGACUUUGUUGAGGCUUUUCUGCGGGGUCAGGGGAGACGCCAGUGAUCAAGCGGCAGUGGCCUACAGCCUAGGAGACCUGCACAAGGGAGCCGCCAAGAUCUCCAACGACAUCCUCGACUCUGUCGGGGUUUCAGUAUAUGCAACAACAGAAAAUUCGACAACAGUAUACGCGACAAAUGGUGCUAUUUGCUUUCGCUGCAAUCUCCUCAUACUUACCAGGGUUGAGUGCCCAACAUUCCCGAAGAUGGCACCCGAGACGUGUCCGCAGCCAGAACCAGCGAGGUUGCCGUAUGAGAUUCAGAUCUCUCUUGGAACAAUGAUCUUGGAGAGCAAAGCACAGAGAAAGAAUCCCAUGAUAUGCUCUCUUAUUCUUUUAAUCAUGGCAUCAACAUACUGGACACCGCAGAAAUUGCCGCCAAGAAGGAGACUCAAGGGAGGACUGAUCUGUAUGUAGGCAGGUGGAUGAAAUCCAAGCCACGAGAUAAAGUACCCUAAACCGGCCUUAUAAUUUAUUUGCAGUUUGCUAAUCCAUUUGGAGUUCCCCGAUUUCCACUUCAGAUAACAUGCUUCUGAAUCCAUUUGUUGUUCCCUGCUCACUAUGUUUCCGACUAAAUAACUUUAGCCACCAAAAUUUCUGGUUUCAGACCACACUUUUCAUCGGUACAAUGCAGAAAGGUGUGUGUUCAUGGUCCCAUUAUAAAGGAAAGUGUCGAAAAGAGCCUUUCAUGCUUAUCUAAAGACUACACUGAUAUUCUUCACAUAAACUGGGUAGUGUUUAUUUCAAAGAUUAUUUUUGCUCAGAAUAAUUUUCACAUCUUGUUCCAGAUUGAUUCAUACACAAUCAUAUUUCACAUUUUGCAUUUCCUUACUGAACUUGAAAAUUGUAAAUCUGAGUUCUCUUUUCCAUCCUCUGUGAGUCCUUUUGUCGUCAUUGUUUUCAGCACACAUUCUUAGUAUGGAUCUAUCUUUCCAAAGGAUUUAGUGCAUGUAUUUUGCACACUCUUUAAAAACCAUGUGCAUUUUUGUUGUAAUAAUAGCCUAGAUUUAUUCUAGAUUAUAAACAUAUGCUUGUUGUGUUCAUAAACGCACAUUUGAAUAAUUCACGAGUAUAUGCAUAAGACAGCCGGAGAUAGCAGACAGGUAACCAUAAACCAGUAUAUAAUUCCAUGUUUGUCUCUUCUAAUCUAGGCACAAUAUAUCGGUGUUUCCAAUGAAACCCUGUACGGAGUAAUGCAGUUUGUACAUGCUGCAAAGCUUGAUGGACUUCCAAAGAUUAUGAGCAUCUAGAAUGGUUAUAGUCACCUUGUGAGAUGCAUCUUCGAAGGUGAAACAGAGAUGUCAGCCAUAAUUUAUUCAUUUUCAUUCAAUGGAACUACAUGCCAUCCCUGUUGUUCUGAAACUUAUUCACAGACAUGUAAUUUAGAGAAAGAGGGAGGAAAGAACUCCUCGGUUGUAGUUCAGAUCAUCGGCCUGCUGUGAUCUCUUUCAUAAUUAAAUUUUUAGUCGAAUAGUCUUGGCUUCUUAUUAGGUCUUUGGAGUUAUGUUCAGUGGUUAUCAUUCAUCAUCAUCAUCAUCAUGCGAUGAUUUCAUUUUGUGGAUGCUUGAGUUUAGAAAAUUUAGGCUCUGCAUUCCAUCAUCUCUAUAUGUAUAAGUCUUUGUAGGAUGUAAGACUGCUACUCUAUGUUCAUAUAAGCUUACCUAUUAAUAAUA